CCAUCCGCUCGGAGUUCCGUAUUGUAUCGUGAGCGGUUGCGCUAUUGGUGGAUGGCGAGCGGACGGUGGAAUGCGUUAACGGGGCGGUGAUCGCAUAUCGGCUCGAAAUAAUUAAAUACCUAAAGGGUGCGAGCCAUCGAUCGAAUCGAGUGAUUUAGCGAUCUAUCGGCGAGGGUUGUAAUGUCUGGGAUUGGUCCGAUCACCCAGGAUUGGGAGCCCGUCGUGAUCCGCAAAAAGGGCCCCAACGCCGCCGCAAAGAAGGACGAGAAGGCUGUCAACGCCGCGCGACGCAGUGGAGCUGAGAUCGACACCCUAAAGAAGUCUAAUGCUGGAACAAACAAGGCUGCUUCUAGCAGCACAUCUUUAAAUACAAGGAAACUGGAUGAGGAAUCAGAGAAUCUCUCUCAUGAACGGGUGUCAACGGAGCUCAAGAAGAAUAUCAUGCAGGCUCGAAUAAAUAAAAAGUUGACUCAGGCACAACUUGCUCAACUGAUCAAUGAGAAACCCCAAGUGAUUCAAGAAUAUGAGUCUGGGAAGGCCAUUCCAAAUCAACAAAUAAUUACGAAACUUGAAAGAGUUCUUGGGGUGAAAUUGCGAGGUAAAAAAUGAUGGCAAGCCAGCAUGUCCCAUCAACGGCCAAGUCUUUAUAAAGGAAUCUCAUGUGCAGCAUUUGUAUCUGUUUUGAGUAUGUGCGGUUUGAUUUGGUGCACCUUGUGAAAACUCUGUUGCUAAGUAAUGUUUUGGCUCUUUUAAUUUGUAUGUUUAAUCUGUAACUGGAGAUCAGUGCGCAAUUUAUCCAGUACCUUUAAGUAGUUCUCCUGGUUU